AUGUUCCACUCGUCGAAGCGGCGCCCGCCAGCGCUCCCGACAACUCGCUUCGUCCCCUCGUCGACGCAGAACGGGUCGACCGGCGCAACAUACAAGGACAAGUCGCUGCGACCACCUUCGAUCCGCGUGCACAUCCAGCGGCUGUGCAUUCGGCCGGCGACGCUACUUGGCUUGUUCUUGCUUGUAUUUGUCGGAACGGGAUGGACUUUGGGUCUCUUUGGGACGGGCAGCGAGCGGGUCCGGCUGGGCGGAGGACCAAGAGUCGUCGCGCGGGACUGGAGCGCAGGAGGAGGCAUAAAAGUGCAGACGAGACUCGGAGGACCUCUUGUCGACGAGAAGGGAAUCGUUACGCCGGCGAGGGAGUACAACGAGACGGUCCUGAUCCUCUGUCCGAUGCGCAACUCGAUCGAGCACAUCUGGCACUUCUUCCACCUCGUCUCGACGCUCACUUACCCCUCUCACCUCCUCCACCUCGGCAUCCUCGUCUCCGACACGACCGACGGAACCUAUCAGCGUGCUCUCGAGCUCGCAGACGAGCGACAAUACAGUCGGAAGUUUCGCGGGAAACGGAUGGGGCGGAUCAGCGUGUUCCAGAAGGACUUUGCUGCGGAGCAGAAAGCAGCGGGCGAGGAUGCGUAUGUGGGAGAGAACGUGGGAAAGGAGCGACACGAAUAUGCGGCGCAGGUUGGAAGGCGGAAGUUGCUCGGCAAGAGCAGGACGUGGUUGCUCAAUGCUGCGAUGGUGCCCGAGGUCGACUGGGUGCUCUGGGUCGAUGUGGAUGUGGUCGACUACGAGGCGUCGAUGAUUGAGCGGCUCUUGGCGUAUGCGAAGGGCGACAGGCCGUCGCUGUCUGAACGAGGUGCCGACGUUGUCGUCCCGAACUGCGUUUGGAAGACCUACAACGAGCUGGGACCAUACGACCGGAACAACUGGAUCGAGACGCCCGAGUCGCUCAAGCUCAAGGCAGAACUCGCGACGAACGACGUGCUGAUCGAAGGCUACAAGGACCAUCCAACGCACCGCUUCAACCUCGCCUCGCUCGUCCCAGCAGCCGACUCCUCGACCGUCCUGUCCGCUCACGACCCCUACCUCCUCUCCUCGCCCUUCCCCCUCUCUUCUCUCCCGGCCUGGCCUCCAGUCGACCUGACGCUCCCUCCCGCUCUCGCCUCCGCCACUUCCAUCCCCGAAACGCUCGACCUCGACGCAGUAGGCGGCUGUCUCGCACUCGUCCGCGCAGAAGUGCACCGCGAAGGCGCGAUCUUCCCUGCGUGGCCGCCGGUCGAUCAUCAGCUCGAGACGGAGGGGUUCGCGCAGCUUGUCAAGGCGUUGCGGAGGCCUGCUGGAUCGGACGGGGCGGAAGGGGCGAACGGAGCGGAUCUGGAGAGAAAGAGCGGAAGGGGGAGGUUGCUGGGGUUGCCGAGAUACUACGUUUAUCACGGUUUGUACGGGUAG